UGUCAUCACCCCACCUCCCCCAAGGAAACUCGCGGCCUCAUUAGCUAUCACUCGUCAUCGCCAAGCCCUAGCCAACCGCCAAUCUGCUUUCUGACACUAUGGAUUUGUCCCUUCUGGAGACUUUUUGGAAAUACAACCAGACAAGGUGCCAUCGGGGAGCCCAAGGUCACUUCAGCCCAGCACAGACACCCUGAAACGGCCUGAGGAGCAGUGGGGGGGGCCUCUCUCAAUCCCCAGUCCGACUCGGAAUAAUGUGGAUCCGGAUCUCGGAGGCCAAGGUGGCCCUGGCCUUGGCUCUCAGCGCCUUCACCCUCCUCUUCCUCGUCAUCCUGCCCGCCUCACCACCCACCUGCCUGGGCCCAGUAGAGCCGCCUCAUCUCCCCAAGGUCCUGGGGACCUGGCGGACGCAGGCCCAGCGCCCGCGGCCUGCCCGGUGCCUGGCGAACACCUCGGUGGUCUCGCAGCCAAACUUCACGGAGCAGCCGCCGCACGUGCGCGACUUCCUGCUGUACAAGGCAGGGUCUAGAGCAAUGUUUCCCAAAGCUCUGUUCCUGCAGUGGCAGGGGACCCGGUGCAGCAAUGUCAGCUUCCUGUUCAACGGGGACGAUGAUGUCUUUGCCCACACGGACAACAUGGUUGCCUACCUGCAGGGCCACGACCCCAGCCGCCACCUGUUCUCGGGACACCUGAUUACAAAUGUGGGCCCCAUCCGGAUCCCCUGGAGCAAGUACUACAUCCCCAAGGUGGUGCUGCAGAAGGAGGAGUACCCGCCCUACUGUGGGGGCGGUGGCUUCCUCCUGUCCCGCUUCACAGCCGACGCCCUGCGCCGGGCUGCCGCCGUCCUGGACCUCUUCCCCAUCGACGACGUCUUCCUGGGCAUGUGCUUAGAGCACGAGGGCUUGAAGCCCACCAGGCACAGCGGCAUCCGCACCGGGGGCAUGAACGCUCCCUCGCCGCGCCUGCCUUCUUUUGACCCCUGCUUCUACAGGGAGCUGCUGCUGGUGCAUCGCUUUUUGCCCUACGAGAUGCUGCUCAUGUGGGAGGCGCUGAGCCAGCCUGACCUGGUUUGUGGCAAGCGGAACCGCUUGUCCUGAGGCAGGGCAGCCCCCAGCCCCACCCACCGCACCCUGGCCUUCACUUCCUCCCAGGAUGCUGAGCCCUUUGCCCUCUUAAGUGGCUGAGGAAUCGGGGAGUCCCAGGCAGAGUUUGAUGAGAGACUCCUGUGCCUGGCAAACUCCUACGCAUCCUUCAAAACCCCAAGGAGGCUGCAAAUGUCUUACUUCCUUGAAGCGGCUGCAGAUGGCCGGAGCAGCUCUGCUGCGGUCCCAGUGGCUGCUUUCUCAAGGCGACUCAGGUCAAGCUCCCACUUCCCAGACUCAGCUUUUGUCCCAGCCUGAAUCCCACGCAGUGGGGAGCCACGACUUGGCAGUGAUUCCACAGUGGUUAAUGGUCAAGGAGUUCCAGCCACGGUUUGUGGCAAACCAGGAGCUCCUGGGGCCACGUGGAACCGAAGUGAGAAGCAUCCUUCAGCCUGGAAAAGGGGGCCAUCCUGCUGUGGGCCUCUGCCCCAUCAAGGACGCUUUGGAGGGCAGGAGAGGCCAGGUAGGCCCUUGAAUGGACCCAGCCCCUCCUUGCUGCGAUGUCAAGAGGUACAGCGGUGCACGUGUUGGGCAGAGGAGGGAAGAGGUGGGACGUUUGGACUCUCCAGCCCCACCCCAUUCCUACAUCUGGCACUCCAAGAAUUCAGGGACCUGAGUUGCCCAGUAGGCACGGCCACCCCAGUGCUCAGAGAAGGGGAGGCUCAAGCCCACAGGUGGUACAGAGCUCAUUGGCAUGGUAGGAUCAGCCCCCGGCCAGCUUAUCUCACAGACGGGGAGAUCAAG